AUGUCAUUCACUCUUUCUCCCACUUCGAUAUCAUCUUAUUCACCUUCUCCAACCACAACUUCAAGAUUGCCCUCUCCGACUCCGGCUCCAUCGCCUUCAAUUCCAGUGCACAGAGAUGGCUUACUCAUACCCACAGAUAGACCACUAGAUGAACUAGAAGGGAAAUGGUUGAACAAAUUAGGAAGAUUGAAAGUUGAUAGAGAGGUGAUAUUACCUGGUUAUGCGUUGUAUUCACUAAGAACCUGGUUUCUAUCCCGAACACAUUUCUCGCAUACAAUAGUGACCCAGACUGGUAAACCAACUGAACAAAUAUCCGCAUAUCUCCUGUUUCCACUCCCAGAACUUUCCGCUCAAGAAGCAGCUACAGAAUUAACCAAUGCCAUACAAUUCUUAGCAUGGGAGACCCAAUCCUCUCCUCGAAAGACCGAAUAUGGUACUUUACUUGUCAACACACCUUCUGCUUUUGGUCAAGAUGUAUAUCCUGUUCCAGGAGGUGAUUUUAGAAUGGCAAAACCGUUCACUACUGUAAAUACUGGAUUGAGAAGGUUAGGAUGUGGUGGCAGGGCUAUAAUAGGUAUGGAUGUCCCAAUUCCAGCACUUCGACGUAAAUUUCAUGAAUUAUAUAGAAUACCGCAACCUACUCAUUCGAUCAUACCAUUAUCGCGUAACGCUUCACCUACUACAUCUCCAACCAAAGUAUUAUCAGCUUCUCCAUUAUCCGAAACUCAUCAACAUCAAUAUCAAAGUCAACAGAUUCAAUCAAAUGAUAUCACCUCUGAUCCGUUUACGUAUUUGGUCAUAGAAUUGGUCAAACUCAUACAAUCAUCAUUAGCACUUUGGGGAUUAUAUGAUAUAGCAAGAGGUGAUAUGGAAAUCGAUGGUUUGUUUUGCGAUGAGACUAAAGCUGGUAUCUUCCAAUGGAGAAGAAUAAUGGGGAUGGAACAUGAAGAAUCAUUGAAAUUAGAGAAAGAAACAUCUGGAGGAUGUAUUGAUCCCAGAACACUCGCUGCGAUAUUAAGUUCUGUUACAAGCGUGCAUUAUGAACUUGACGCUUUGGACAUAGAAAAGCUCCCCAAAGAUCCUUUUACGAGUAUCAGACGAUUCCUCAAUACAUGGGCUGGAUAUCAGUCCUUCAUUGGUAAACAACCAGAAUCAUUGCAGUUUCUGACAAUCCCUUCAAUUCGUUCUUUGACUCAGCAUUAUCUUGCUGAUAGGACACGUCAUCACGGUGAUGGAUUGAAGGUUCACCGCAUGCUCUUCAACGGAGUUGCUCAAGCUACCAGUUCAUUGUCAGCUAAUCUAAAAGGUGGUACAGCUGAAGAUACACCGAUUCGAAAGAGAGAACAUCAUCUGCGUUUCAAAGGAGAUGAAGAUGAUGCUGGUGAGGGUGUGGGAUUAAUCGUUCCAGAAGGAGAAGUAGGACCUGUAGCACCUCCAGAUGUGAUCACGACUGAUCUAGAAGCUUAUAUAAAAGGGGUAUUGAGAUCAAGAGAGAAAGACUGGGAUAUCAUGGGUGCAAGGAGAGUUGCUGAAUUAUGGAAUGGUACACUCGCUGAUAAUGUUGAGGAGAGACCAAGGAGGAGAGGUAAAAUGGCAAGUCUGAGCAGUAGCACUGGAUCAAACACCAGAGAUCAUAGAAAUGUUCUAAGGAAAAGAACUCAAUCACGAGACUUUCAUAUUGGUCAAACUGGAAUACGAGAAGAUGACGAAGGCGACAUCAAAGGUGCCAUCAAAGAGAUCUCGGGUAGAGCAGGUCAAGCUAUCAAAGGUGGUUUCGGAUUGGUAUCUCGAAAAGGCACAAAUUACGAAACGUCAGACUCAGAGACCGGGGGUGGUCCCGGACCUUCUACACUCAAGUCGUCGGUGAUGAGGAAGAAGCAAAGUACUAUACCCACUGUCAUCGAACCAGAUUUGGAAGAUAUCGAUGAAUUACUCGAUAGAGGUCAAUCAGCCUCGCCAAGCCCUUCAACAUCUUUCAAACCCUUAAAUCAAAAUUUCACUUCAUCUAAAAAAUCGCUUUUGCAAGCAAACUCUGUGGCACAUUCAAAGAGACCAUCAAUAGUCACGCAAUUGUCAGGUAAUGAAAGUGACAUUUGGUCAAGAGGAUCUUUAGCAGCAGGAUUUAGUCCCACGGAGGAGAAGACGGAUCCGGAAUAUCCAGUGAAUGGUCACUCACCAGAUGGGAUACAUCCAAAACCGUUGAUGAACAGGACGCCAUCAGAUAGAGCAUUGGCAUGGCGUAAUCGUGGUAGAGUGACUACAAUGUUAAGGACGGCGAGUGAUGGUGCGGAUGUGGUCGUUGAAGAGACUGGAAUGGAAUGGGAAGUUACAAAUCCUCAUGGGACGGGGAAAAGGGAAGCGAGUGGAUUAGAGGGAAAGGUAUUGGAAUUGACAAGAAGACAUUCUCUGGAACAAAUUGACCUCUACAAUGAUAUGAGAAGAGUGGGACCUGAGAACCUGCAAAUAGACGUUGAGAUGUGUGCAGUUGUUUUGGAAUUGAAAGAAAGGGAAAGACAAUUAGCGCAAAAAGCGAGAGAUGUCAAAUUACUUGAAGAAUCUGUUUUCUAUCAUUUAUCCCAAUUCGUCACUGCCGCUCGAGCACGUCGAACACAUGUCGAACAGCUGUCAUCUACAGCUUCAGCACUGAGAGCUCAAAUUGAAUCAUUGGAUGUCGAGGACGAUCACGAAGGAUCGCCGAAAGAUAGGUUCCAUUAUUAUUUGAGUGAAGAAACUCAUCGACCUGAAUUAUUAGAUGAUCUAGGUAGAUUGAGAGAGAUGUGGGAGAAUGUGAGAAAAGUUCAAGAAGAGAAGAGGAAUCAAGUUGAUCUUGAUUCUGAAAAGAAGUUGUCACAGAAGAAAUGGUGGAGUUUGUGGUAA